AUGCUUCUCCGCUUCCUGGGGAGCACGCUUUUCCUUUUCUCAAUCAUCUUCACCAUCCCCCUCGCCUUCGAUGUCGGCGGACGCACCUGCGGCUUGGCCUUCAGUCUGAGCCUCGCAACCUACUACUUCUUCCUGUCUAUCCUACGACUUGCAACGCCCGCUCAGUCAACCUGGAGGAAGGCGGCCGUACGCACCGUCGCUUCGAUGCAGACGCUUGUCAUACCCGCGCUGUUGAUCUGGAGUUUGAACAAGUUCAGCGUCGACGGGGGUGAUGAUGCGAGUUGGGUGUCAAGAGCUUUCUACAACGCGACCAAGCCACUACAUCAAAAUCCAAGCUUCAAGGAAUGGAUCUUCGGGAAAGAAGGUCUACUGGAAAACGCGCUGGUAGGAGGAUGGGACAAAUUGCUAAGAUACUCGACGCCCGUCUUUCAGCUCACUGAAGGCUUCUGCAGCUUGCUGGUCAUCCAAGCCUCCGGCCAAGUAACCCGAUACCUUGUCAACACCAGCGAUAAUGGCGAUAGCUGGAUGAUUGGACUGCUGGUGGUCUCGAGCAGCAUUAUUGCCAGCUCUGUCUACUUCCUCUGGCGUAUCACGACGUUCCCGGGUCUGGACAGCCAGGACGCCGUUUUGAUCGGUAUCGCUAUUGCCUGUGCUGUCUUCCUGGCUGCCUGGGGCAUGGGGAGCGGGCGCGGAAACGUUGUGGAGAGCAGCAUGUUGUUCGCAUACAUCACACUCUGCAUAUAUCAGAUCUUCACGGAUUACCAGCCAAGUCACCCACUACCGGAAGCUCCAAUACCACCAGAUGCCACCGAGUUCCCGCCUCUACCUCCGAUUCUCAUGGCCAGCUAUACAACGAUACUGCAAGCACUGUCUUCGCUACCAAGCACUCUGCACUCGGCGUUUGGAUUCAUGCUGGCGGCCGUUCAGACGGUGACGCCGUCGGUCAUCAUCUCAUUGAUCUACCGACUGAUGGUUCUCUAUGCCGCAGCUCGUAUCAUCCCUGCAGUGCGGGAGUCGGGGGCCAGAGUGUUGGCGGAGGAUCCGUCGCUUGAAGAUUCCAGCGAGGGCGUGCAGACCUUGAUAGGGCUGCUGAGCUACUUUGCUCCCAGCAUCCUCAUUGCGGUCUAUACGAGCUUACUGAUGCAACACUUUGCCAGCGCGUCGGCGGACCAUCCCGGCGAGUGGUGGACGAGCCAGGGCGGCGAGGGCGGAGGUAAUAUCAGUCGCUGGGCCAACCUGGCCGGGACCAUGGCGCUGUAUGCCGUCGAGCUGUACCUGGGCAAAGGACACGAUGAUGGGUUGACGACGCACUGGAAGCUGGAUUGA